GCCACGUCAGGCCUGUAGGAAGUACUCAUCUUCGUUCUGCCUUUCCAAGGUUAGAGAUAGGCCCGCCCGACUGGCAGGAAGCACUCAAAGAAGAAGAAGAAAAAAGACACUCAGAGCCGGACUGGAACUCCGACGCCAGGGAUCAGUUUCAUAUUUUCUCCUACACAGAAGCUCAAAGUGUAGGCUGCGACUUCUAUUCUCAGCGCACUCAGACGGCGUUAUUUGGUCCGCAUAGAACAGAAGAAAAUAUUUUUAAUCGCCCGGUGCUUGAUGGAAACGCGCAAUCAUAAAAAAUGGUUGCAUUUGGAGACCAUCCGUGAAUGCGAUCUGACAUCUGUGCGUCAGAAAGGACGCUUCUGCAAACUGGACUCCUAGCCGGGUGUGAAGAGUCCUCGUUGUACACCUUUAUAGCGGCGCGGGAGUGAAGGUGACUUGAUCCCAGACGCAGUCAAGGCAAUGCGGAGAGGAGCCACAGGCGCUCAUCCUCUACUUUUUCUGCGCCCUUAGGCUCGUCUGGGAUUUUUUCCCCUCCCUCUCCUACAAUAAAUUAAGGUAGCGACAAAGAGCAAUAAGAAUAGAUCGAGCUUCAGUUGUCGAAGGUGAACGGUAAAGGGUGCAGGGUGGUGAGGUAGAAGGAGGACAGCGGUGGAGGAGUUUUUAUCAUUAGAAAUAUUUGUGGCUGGAGUCGGACAGAAUCGUUCCGUUUUGGGGCUGUUUUAAUCGUGGAUGUGUAUGCAUGAGUUCUGCAUCGAAUGGGCGCAAAAACCGCCCCAGAUCCACCGGGAACAUCUUCCAGAUCGGCAAGCCUCCGAACCGAGACCCGCAGCGGAGGGAGAGCACCGAGAGUACCCGCAAAGCCCAGCGCGCCGUGGCCGACUGCAGAAUGAUCGUCCAAGAAUUCAACACACUUGUGGCUUUGUACCGUGAGCUGGUCAUCUCCAUCGGUGAAAUCACUGUUGACUGUCCUACUUUGCGGGCCGACAUGCUGAAGACCCGAACCAAAGGCUGCGAAAUGGCAAGGGCGGCACACCAGAGUCUCUCAUUGAUUUCAGGGCCAGAGGACGGGGAAAUCCACCCUGAGAUCUGCAGGCUUUUCAUCCAGCUGCAGUGCUGUCUGGAGAUGUACAUCACAGAGAUGCUGAAAUCUGUCUGCCUGCUGGGAUCCCUGCAGCUCCACAGAAAAGGUAAAGAUUCAUGUUGCCCUCCUGGAAUCGACACUAAGACUGAAGACUCUGACAUCCCCAUCCUGGAGGAUACCUCUUCUUCACCCACUGAUUGUUCUCAGCUCUGCUGGCUGGUGGCCACUGAUAUAGAAAACAUUGAAAAGGACAUGAGAGAUAUGAAGAACCUUCUAAGUAAACUCAGGGAGACAAUGCCUUUACCACUGAAGAACCAAGAUGACAGCAGCCUGCUGAACCUGACUCCCUACCCUCUUGUCCAACAGAGGAAAAGGCGUUUCUUUGGGCUCUGUUGUCUGGUAACCAGCUAAAGUCCCCACCUUCUAACGUAGGAGGCGACAACAAAGACAUCAUCACCCACUGUCUGUCACCACUCGUGUCUCCCACCGAUCUACUACUGCCACUUUCAAAUGUAUUCUCUUUUUUUUAAAAGGCUGCCCAUUUUAUAAUUUUAUUUUGUAAUACAAAGGAGAAUUGUAACUGCAAUGUAAUAAAAAUAAAACACCACAAUCAUAUAUUUUAAGAUAUUUUGCAGAAGCUUUUUUCUUUUUCUUUUUUUUUAGUAAAUAAAUCGACUGCUUGUCUAAUUUGAAAAAAAAAGAAAAAAGAAUGUGAGCUCACAUGAAACAAUGUCAUUGUUUGGUUAUUACCACAGUCCCGAAUGAGUGAAGUAAGGAUUGAUGUUUCAAAAAAGGGAAUUUAAAUGUCUGUGUUGUCAGAAAUAAUGUGAUAUGAUUAAAAGCGAUUUGAAGAAUUAAAGGCCACACUCCCAGAAAUAAUGGGAUGCCUUUGUCAAAUAUUAGAUGGCAGGUUUGUGCAGAAAAGUUGUUGUGUAUUACAGUCUCUGUUUUCUGUUUCUUGCUGUUUUUGUUCUUACUGUACUUAAUUUAGUCUUCCAUAAACCAAGAACCUGUAUUCAACUUAAACUAUCCAGCUUCAAAUGGAAUAUAUGAGACAUUAUUCAAAGGAAAACUUCUUUGCACACAAUAUCUAUCUAUAAAGACGUUAGACCUGUACAUACACAUACGCAAGGCUCUUAAUUAUUUUCAACGCUGGAGUUGGUUAGCAUAGAGAACCUGUUUUGGGGUAGUAAAUGAGCAAGGAUCUUGUACUAACUGAGGUAUAAUGGAAAAGGAGAAUGUGAAAAUAAAAGCUGUAAUAGGUCAUUUUACAUUGUUAAUAAAACUUUGUUAUUGAAACCACUUAAA